AGCUUGGAAUAAAAGCGAAGACGAAGUGGUCAACGCCUGGUGGCUAUUGCAAAAUAUUUGAAGACGAGAAUCUAACCAUCAGAUGGUAUACAGACAGCUUCUCUCUUACGAUUAAUGGUGAGGAUAGCAGUCGGAGAAUGGAUAAACUUGCUCUGCUGGCUAGUGAAGAAUCCGCAACGGCUGAAGUAAAUAAAGAAAGAUCUCUCUCAACCGGCGAAAAAUUUGAAAAUGGCGCGGACGUCGAAAACGAAGACGACAAUGACGACGGCACGCUCGAGCGAAGUACCAAUGGUGAAGAAUGCUUUUCGACAAAUUCUAAUGACCCAAUCAAUACAGACUCAAUCAUUGAGCAAGUGGAUAACAAAAUUCUUAAUUUAAAGAAAGAGUUUACGUUAAAGAUAUGCGAAUUAAAUCAACAAAUUUCUGAGCUAAAAGCAAACGACACGCGAAGUCUAUCUCAAGAUAAAACUAUUGUCGAUCUGAAACGCGAAGAGCAGCAAUUAAAAGAUGAGAAUCGUGAUGUAAGUGAAAAUGUUUUGAAUCUAUCCCUCAUCGUAUCAGACAUAAAGACCAAACUUAAGGAGUACCAAA